GAAGAAAGAAAGAAAAGAAAAGCAAUAAAGAAAAGAGAGAAAACAAAGACAAAAGGUUCUCAAAACUCUAUGAUUAUUCAAAUUCUCUCAAAAACAGUACCAAGCAGUAGUAGUAGUGUUCCCCCUACUUAAUCAAACCACAAGGGGUGGACCUCUCUCAAAGUAUCUACAAAGCAAAGACCCUGUUUGGGCUUGGAAUUGGAACAACAACAUCAAAAAAAGAGAGUUAGAGCUUCUUUUUCUCUUUUGUAGCUAGAUCGAGAUCAUAGAAAUUAAGAAAGAAAAGGCAUGAAUAGAGGUGUCUUGCAAAGCUCACCGGUGCAACAAAUGAUGGCCGGAAACCCUAACAACUGGUGGAACAUCAACACUCCUCCUCCUCCUCCUCCUCCUCAACCUCCUCAACCCUCUCCUCCUUUCUUCUCCACUCCCUCCAACUUUUUAACUCCUUAUAACCCCACUUCUUCUCUUCCUCUUCCUUCUUGGCUUGACAACAAUCAAGACCUACCCGAGUCAUGGAGCCAGCUACUCAUGAGUGGGAUAUUGGUGCCUGAAGAAGAGAAAGGGAGCAUGUGCCAGGUUGAGUCUAAGAAGUUGGAGAACUGGGAGGAACAAAUGCUGAGUCAGGCUCCAAGUGCUUCUAUUAAGCAAGAAAGUUCCGUGAACAGCUAUGUGUAUGGACAUGGAAAUGAAGAGUUUCAAGCAGCAAAGCCAACAUGGUCUCAAAUAGUGCCUUCUUCUUCUCCUAAAUCCAGUGUAACAAGUUUCAGCAGCAGCAUGUUGGAUUUCUCUAACACAGAUGCCAGGCCUCCUCCACCAGAUCCAUCCUCAGAGUGCAAUAGCAGUGCAGCUGGUGGGGCAUUCAAGAAAGCUAGGGUUCAACCGACCACAACUCAGUCGACCUUCAAGGUUAGGAAGGAGAAGUUAGGUGACAGAAUUACAGCCCUUCAUCAACUCGUUUCCCCAUUUGGAAAGACUGACACGGCGUCUGUCUUAUUAGAAGCUAUUGGGUAUAUCAGAUUCCUUCAGAGUCAAAUUGAGGCCCUUAGCUUACCAUACUUGGGCAGUGGAUCAGGAAACAUGAGGCACCAACAAUCUGUAAGAAAUAAUAUCAACCCUUUUCUGGUUCAAGGAGAGAAGAAUUGUAUAUUCCCUGAAGACCCUGGUCAGUUGGUGAAUGAAAACUGUUUGAAGAGGAAAGCAGCUAGUGAGCAGGAUUCUCAAGAAGAACCAAAGAAGGACCUGAAGAGCAGAGGGUUGUGCCUUGUUCCAGUUUCAUGCACACUGCAAGUUGGAAGUGAGAAUGGAGCUGAUUAUUGGUCUCAUGCUUUUGGUGGGGGAUUUCGGUAGAUUGGGUUAUUAAUUAAUUAAUUUUACUAUUGGAUUAGCAUAUAUAUUAAAUAUAUGUGGCAGCAUACAGAGAGGAAAAUUCAUGGAAAUUGUAUAACAUCAUUAGCAGUCAAUCUGCACCAAAACCUAAGGCUGAUUGCUCAUGAUGCUAUACAAGAUUCCUGAAUAAAAUGUGUGCUGCCAAUGAAGUAGUAUAUAUUUGCAAGUCCUUUGUUUAAGACUGAUACUUUAUUCAUGGAAAAUCAAGCUGUUAUUUAUUUUCACUAGCUUAAUUAAGAGGUCUCGUACAAUGUUAGACAUAUUAAUGUAUAUAUGCAAUAAUUAUAUGAUCAUUUUGAA